CACAGUGAACCAACCAACCGCCCUCGUCAGCAACCGAGAAUAAUAAUAAUAGUAAUAAUAGUAAUGAUUGUUGUUGUCACUGUUGUGUUGAUAUUAUUCACCAUCGCGUAAUACGCAGGAUUUGCGGUGGAACUGACCACGGUUGCUGCCUCGUGCACCCAUGUGGCUCGUCCAAUGGGCUCAGUCCGGAGGCGGGAUUCCGAGUUGAUCGUCAGAAACGAUGCUGAAGAUGUGGUGUCGCCCUUGCACAUUCUUUCGCUGGGAGGCACGAAGAUAGGUUGCACGCGGCCUUCGGGGUGGCGUACCGUUUACUGUCCGACAGCCAUUCUAUUGGGGAUGAUCGGGAUUAUUAUUAUCGAAGUGUGCUAUGCGGCUGGAUGGCAGGGCGUCUCUGAGACAGCGCUUCAGGAGAUUGCAAGAUCAGGGGAAUGGAAUGGCACAGACUCCAUCCUUCAUCGGUGAAGAGAAUAAGAAUAGCAAUAGCGAUCCUCCUGGGCCUCCAAUGAUCAAGCAGCCCGG